GCAGGAGCCCAGGGGAUUAAUACUUUACACAGCAGCAACUGCUCAACACUUCAUAUCAUUCCUCACAAUGUCAUAGAAACAUUUUAGGAACAAGGAGAGGAAUCGGAUUCUUGAUGCCCAACACGGACUAAAGAAGAAUCAUUUUGAAAUUAUCGUUUUGUUUGUUCUUUGCAAACAAGUCGGGUUGUGGAUCUGUAGUUCUCCGGGUGGGAAUAUUGGAAGAGAUAACUUCAUGGGACGUAUGAAAGCUCUCUAGCCCUAUUCCUGAAGGACAAAGAUAUGGGACGUCGCAGAACGUGACUCCAGAGGAUUGUGUUGGGGGAUGAAUUAAAAGCCGCAUGAGCCGCAGAUCUAAACACUAACACCAUGCGCAUUUUAUUCUUCUCCUAUGUGUGUCUGAUCUUGCCCCUGGCAGCUGCCUGUUGUAACAGCUUCACAAGAAAUCCAGCAGAGGGCAGUAUGGCUGGAGGUACCUGGAUUACAAUCAGAUUUGACGGCUGUAAGGAGCUCAUAAACCAUCUGGUCUCUUUUGCAAAUGGAUCCCACAUUGAGGUGUACAUGACAAAUUCACUGCUGCCAAGUAUAAUCUGUGAUGUGUUCCCAAUCUUCUCAGCACCCUCUACCAUAAACUGCAGAACCAGGCCAUCAGAGCAUGAGGCUAUCUACAAUAUGGAGGUUUUGUUUAAUGGGGAACCAAUGAACCAAUUAAAAGAAAGCCAUUUUAUGUUCUCCAGAGCUCACACUCCUGUGAUUCAUGGCAUAAGUCCAUCAUGUGGGGUACCAGGAUCCAUCAUUGAAGUCUGUGGUUGGAUCACAACAGAAGUCUUUGAAAGUUACGAGUUUCAUGGAGAUUUCAUCGAUGGUCCUGUCAUUUUGGAUUCAAAAAGAGACGGCUGGUUCACUAUCUGUUCGUUAACGAAUGACUCUACAAGCAUUUAUCCUAUCCAUGUGAAGAAUGGUUUUGGAUCCCUACUAUGUAAUAUUCAAGGAAAUUACAUUGGUUCCCAGAAUAUCAGCUUUUUCAUCUUCAACAAGGGAAAGUCAACAGUGAGCAAAGACGCGUGGCACAUAAGUGCAAAACAUGAACUGUUUAUCUUCCAGACACACUCAGAAAUCAUUUCUGUGACUCCAGAUUGCGGGAGCUCAAGAGGUGGCACUGACAUUACCAUUGUGGGCAAUUUCUUCCAGUAUCCUUGUCUCGUCAGAGUUGCAGGAAUCCCUUGCAAGAUAAGGUUCAUGUCUCCCAGAAUCAUUGUGUGUAGAACAGAAGCUGAACCUACAAGGACGAAGGCUCCCUAUCCAGGUAACCGAGGGCUGAUUUAUGAACUGUGGGAUGGAACCAAUGAAAUGAAUCUUACAGGCAAUUCAUCUGGUUACAGAAGCACAUGGGCACCCAAUGCCAGUUCUCCAACCUAUAUUAUCUUUAAAUCAAACCAAUCUUUCAGUGCCCGACUAAGUGGUUUCUUUGUGGCACCAGAGACAAACAAUUACACAUUUUGGAUCCAAGCUGAUAACAAGGCUGUUCUGUACCUCAGUGAUGGAGAGUAUGCUGAAUCUAAGGCCAAGAUUGGCUCAAUACCUCAUGGUGUUUCUUCAUGGUCUGACCACUGGGAAUGGUCAUGGGACGAGAGGUGGCAACAGAAAUCUCCCAAAAUGAGCCUCGUCCAAGGGAAGAAAUACUACAUAGAAUUGUUGCAGCAUGGAAGAGGGUCCAAGACAGAAAUGAGAAUAGGACUUCAAAUUCACAACACGUGGCUGAACUCUGAUAUUGUCAGUAGUUACCAAAGAGAAAAGCAUCAGAUUGUGGCUUAUUCCUCUCGGCUUCCUGAAAUCCAGAUGCUGACUCUGUCUGGAGAAGGAUGGUUCCGCUUUUGUUGGGGAAAUGCAACAAGUAAUCUCUUGCACACAAAUUCCACAGCUGACCAAAUACAAGAGGAAAUGGAGGCCAUGCUGUCAGAAAACUGUAAAACUGAGAUCCUCGCUGUGGAUAUAUUGGUGCACAAUGGAUUCGAAGAAGGGGAGGAGGAUAUGGGUGCAGAGGGUAAAACAGCCACUUGGACUGAACCCUAUUGUGGGCGCACCAGCAGCUUCAUGCCAAACUAUCUUCUGAAAUGGAAUCAUUCUAAUCCAACAGGACAUGAGCUGAACACAUACACUCAUAUCUGUUUUGCAUAUAAAGGGCACAUUGAGGAUGAAUUGAUUAUCUCCUAUUCAUAUAAGAAUACCUUUCUAAAAACAGUGAAAAAGAAGCAUUCCUGUCAUUGGGAAUUUAGUGCAAGUAACCCAGAAAGCUGGAAAUUUGACUGUACAGACCUGUGGACGUGUGUAAGAGCCUCGGAUUCACUGACGGACCUCCAUGUAAAUUCAUCGGUGUUUGUCGUUGAAGUUGAACUUCAGAUGCCUCCGAAUAUUAAUGCAACGGGGAAUUGGUUUUAUGUUGAUGAAGUCAUUGUGGCCAAGAGAAGCACAAGAGUUUUAAAAGAGGGCCCACAAUCUGCGCGGCCUGGGGGCCAUCAUCUUCAGAAAAUUACAAUUAGAGGAUCUUACCCAACAUACAAUCUCACAUCCUGGGUUGCCAACUGUGGCAUAAAUCUACCUCUCAUAGAAUUAUGUCAUGCCGCUAUGAACAUUACAGAAGAGGGACAGUUAUUUAAAUCUGGAAAUGAGACCGUGGCUCUUGCAGUUGAAAGGCUACAAUCAGCAAGCCCUCCCAUUGGUGGGACCUUUGCAAUGCAUGUGUCAGAUACAUUGAUACCAGGCAUACCAGUAAAAAUCUCUGCUCUACAUCUACGGGAAAUGCUAGGAAACAUAAAUGAGGGCACUGCAGCUCAGUAUAUGACAGCCAGCGAUUUUAUAGUCACCAAGGAUUUGGAUACCUGCCACCAUGUGAUCUGGACGUUAACUUGGGCUAGAAUGAGUGAGGACCUACCAAACUUCAUCAGAGUAUAUUCUGAAAAUCUUACUGGUUUGAACCCCACUAUUAAAACUCGUGUUAUUUUUGAUGGAGGCGUGUUUAUCUGGCCAAUUUUGGGGGACAUGCUUGCUACUGCUAACCAGCUGCCUCAGGUAACCGUCCAUGUGAAUGGCAUCCCAGCAAAGUGCUCAGGAUCUUGCUCUUUCCUGUACCACCAGGAGCUCAUUCCAGUGGUCACAGAUAUUGAGUACUCUUCAGGACAUGAAUGCAAUUUUGAAGUUCAUCUUACUGGGCUGGGUUUUACACAAAAUCUAGAAGCAAUUCACAUAGAAAUCAACCAAACCAAUUGCAAGAUUACCAAAGCAAACACAACACAUGUUUCCUGUUGUCCUGAAAGAUUUCCACCACUGGGAGAGAAUCAUAUCCGAUUCCAUGUGAAACCCUAUGGACUAGCAAUUAACGCUACAGGCGAAUACUUGUUUCUUAAUGUUAGACCUCAUCUCUUAACAGUCACACCAACAGCCAUCUCAGAAGUUGGAGGACAGAAGGUGACAUUAAUAGGAAUCCGUUUUGAUGAGCUAUCCCAAGUCCUGAUUGGAUCCCAACUGUGUCACAUGAAUGUAAAUGACUCAAACGCGAUUGAAUGUUUUGCACCACCCCAGGUUGGAAUACAGAAUGAGGAAGAUAUCACAAUGAAAGUUGGGGAACAGUGGUUUGACUUCCCGAAAUGCAUCAAGUACGAUCCCUCCUUAAAUCCAGUGAUUGUGUCUCUGAGCCGUAAUGUGAGCAGCACAACAGGUGACCAGACGCUCUUUAUUAAAGUUUCCACCGACAUAGAGAGCUUGGAGUUGGAGGUCAAGGUGCAAAAUUCUGUCGCAAAAAUUAAAAGGGUAACAUCACAAGGAGUGGAAGUUUUCCUGCCUCCAAUGCCACCAGGCUUGUAUAAUGUUUCAUUAAUCAUCAGUGGAAUCAUAAUCAAAGCAGAAGGCUUCGAGCCUAUGAUUCAGUAUGUCCUGGAGGUGUUAAGCUUACAGCCAUGCUGUGGGUCUUUCCUUGGUGGGACCAUCAUCACCAUCUUUGGCAGAGGAUUUAGCACCGAUACAUCCAUGAUUAAUGUUAUUGUUGGAAACCAGUCUUGUCUGAUUAUUGCCUCAUCAGAAGAUGCUAUUCAAUGCGAGACACCCUCAUCAUCAUUGGCCAGCAAUCAGACGGAAAGCAUUUCCGUGCCUGUAAAGGUUUCCAUUUCAAACAACCCAACAGAUAAUGAUUCCCCAGUGUCCAACACACGUGAACUUCUUUUUAGCUAUCAUCCUAACUUUACACCGGUAGUAUCAAAUAUUUCCUGGAAUUUUGAAGGCAACAUCCUACUGCUUCAUUUCGCUGGAUUUAAUUUAAACAACUCAGUUAUCCGACUUAACAACACCCAGUACAAAUGUGUCAACGAGAGUAACUUUGGAGGAUUCCUUAACUCAAGUCUCAAGAUACCUCUUGAUGAUUUUGAUGUUGGAAGAUACGUUCUUAAGGUUUUUGAUGAGAGAUUGGGAUAUGCAGACAUGACAUCCACAAUGAAUAUCUUAGAAAUUUUCCCCCAGGUGCAUUCCAUAUCUCCGACGAGUGGAUCAGUAUGUGGAGGAACAGUCCUGACUAUACACGGUUCCUUUCUCCAAUCUGCCAAUCAUUCCAUUGGCGUUCUUAUUUCAAGCCAUUACACAUGCGAUGUUGAGAGUUUUAAUAUUAGUACUAUCAAAUGCAUUACUCAACGAAAGGGCAUAUUUCACCUAUCCUCUACCAUAUCUGUCAAUGUUGCAGUCAUUAUCGAUGGCUUGCCUAGUCUAUGCAAGAACAACUGCAUUUAUCACAUGGAAAGGGACUUGACUCCUGUGGUUAAGAAUGUAUUGGCCAAGCUGGACGGGUCAAAAUGCACUCUCAACAUUCUCGGAGAAAGAUUUCUUUCUACUCAAAGUAGUAGUAUAUUAGUAGACAACACACUGAUGUGUAAUGUCAUUGUAUGGAAUGAGACAAUGGCACAAUGCCAUGUGAGUAAUCUACACCCAGGAAACCACACCGUUAGUAUUUUAAACGUGGCAAAUGGUUCAAUGUGUUAUCCCCGGUUAAUAUUUUAUUUUUCAAUAAUCACUAAAAUUACAGCCAUCAGACCAAUACAUUUUGGCUUGAAUGGUGGUGGUCUCCAAACCAUUGAAGGUACGGCAUUGCAGGGCCAAAAUAUAACUGUCUUUGUUGGAAAUGAUCGUUGUUCUAUAAAAAAGGCCACCUACAUGCUGAUCCAGUGCAUUGUUCCCCCUGGGAAUGGAGUAAGAUUAUUGACUGUAGACAUUGACGGCUCAAGCUACACAGCUGGAAACAUUCAUUACUUAGCAGAAUAUACACCAAUGGUACAUUCAGUACUCCAUUCAAAUUAUGUUUUAUCCAUGGUAGUUUCAAUGAUAUCAGCUUCUAACGUGAAAAUCUUUGUGGGCAAUUCAGUGUGCACAAAUGUAUCAGGAAACUCUACGUUCCUGCAAUGCUUGCCACCUCAUCUGCCAGCUGGAAGCUAUGACAUACGGUGCCUCGAUCAUCUAAGAGGAUGGGCAUCAUCAAAUGCGACCUUCAUGUCUCGGCUUGAGGUUACAAUGUUGAAAAGUAGCCUAGGCUGCCUGGGUAUAAGGACAAGCAUGGACAUUUAUGGAUCAGGAUUUUCUCCUGGAAAUACUUCCGUUACCAUUUGUGGCACAUUUUGUGAAAUAUCCGACAAUCGUACAACCCCAACAAGCAUCUAUUGUUCCAACUGGCACUUACACAAUUCCUUGAUGUUUCUUUGUGAUGUUACCAAUCAUGAGGACUGCUACAGAAAACAAAAUACAUACAUUCAUUGUGACGUAACCAUACAGUCAGGGGCUGAACAGGUGACAAAGCCCUUGGCCUAUGUGUAUAUGUGCAGUGGCUGGAAGAACGAUGCUAUGUGUCUGGAGGCUCACGCAGGACCUACUCAUACUGUACAUCUCAAUGGCCUGUUUGUCAGCCCUAAAGUGGAAAGUGAUAAAGUUCUCAUCUAUAAUGGUUCCUGCAGAAUUUCCAUAGCAACACGGGCAGAGAUGGAGUGCGCAGCUCCUAAUCAACCAAUUACCGCCCAGAUUACUGAGAUACGGAAGAACUGGGGCCAGAACACUCAGAGCGAGGUGCCAUUAUAUUUUUGCCGUCUGUGGUCAAAAAACUCCACUUGGCCUUCUGGGCAACCGCCAUUAGAUGGCGACAACGUCACGGUGGAAAGAGGUCGGAUGCUUCUUCUCGACGCAAACACCAGUCUGCUGAACCUACUCCAUAUACAAGGUGGGAAACUGUUUUUUAUAGGUCCAGGACCAGUUAAUCUCCGUGCUCAUUAUAUUUUAGUAUCGUCUGGAGGAGAGCUCCACGUGGGAACUUCAAGUCAACCAUUUCUUGGCAAAGCCCAAAUUUCUCUCUAUGGAAGUUUCAUUUCCCCACAGUUAUAUCCAUAUGGUGUUAAAUUUCUGGCUGUCAAGAAUGCAACUCUCUCUAUGCACGGAUGGGUACCAAGAGUGGCUUACACACACUUGGCAAUAGAGGCACUGGCCAAUGACACAUACUUGAUUUUAAUUGAUUCUGUCGACUGGCGAAUUGGAGAUGAAGGUGUGAUAUGUGGGGCAGACCUUGGUGAACAGAGGCACCAAGAAGAGACUUUUACCGUCAAGAAUAUUAGCAACACCCAGAUUUCUCUCAGCCAUCCUUUGAAGUAUUCCUAUAAAAUUUUAGAGCAACCGAUUGAAGGGAAAAUGAUAUAUCUGAGGCCAAUAGUGGCACUUCUAAGCAGGAAUAUUGUGGUGCAAGGAAAUCUGACAACACAAUACAUUGGUCACCAACAGGAAUGCCAAAACAAUGAGGUCCCAGAUACCUCUAAAUGCCCGUACAGCAGAAGUGAAAGAAGUUUAGGAUCAAGGGAUCUCGGAUUGGUUCUUAUAGUGCAAGCCUUUAAACAUGAACCAAGUUUAGUCUGCAUUUCAGGAGUUCAGUUUCGGCACAUUGGCCAGCCUUUCAAGAGACACCCCAGUGCCCUGACGAUUGCUGGAGAUAUUUGUAUGCCUGAUUCCUAUAUACGAGGAUGCUCCAUUAUCCAUUCCUUUUCAAGGGGAAUCAGCAUUUCUGGAACUUCUGCUUUCACAGUAGAGAAUAAUGUUUUCUACAACAUUAAGGGCCAUGGUCUUCUUGUGGGAGAACAUUUAGAAGAAGCUAUUGAGAUAAAAAAUAACGUGCUGAUACGAAUUUCAGGAGCCUAUGGUCUCUCCAAUAUUGAGAUGUUAGCCCCUGCAGCUUUCUAUUUAAGAUCCCCUUCUAAUAUCAUAGAGGGAAACAUAGUGUAUGCAGCAGGAUAUGGCUUCCUCUAUCAUCUAUUCCAUGAUGGACCUUCCCAAGCACUUCUUCAGUCCUUCCUGAAAAACACAGCGGUGUCCUGUCUAAGGUCUGGCCUAUGGUUACACCCAGAAUACAAUCCUUCUAGUACAGAUCCUGCUGUGUUUCAGGAGUUCCACACCUGGAGGAGCCGAGGUGGAGCCCAGAUUACUAGAUGUGGAAACGUGUCUUUCAGAGACUUCAGAAUUUUUUCCUGUGAAGAGUUUGGAAUAAGUAUCUCUGAAAGCUUAGGGAACACGGAGGUUUCUAACAGUUUCUUGCUUGGUCACCUCAGUGGGAAGGAUGAGCAUUGCAUGGCAGCAGGAAUAAAAACUCCCAGAAGGUUUCAGGCUUCUAUUUCAAACACAGCCUUCGUGAACUUUGAUCUACCAAAGUGCAGCCCUAUCCGGACCUGCUCAGGAUGUUUUGAAGGACAAGGUGGCUUUACCAUCAAAACCCAUCAGCUGAAGUUCAUAAACUCACUCACUCAACCCACUUUCCCAUUCCCACAUUCUGCUAUCAUUGAAGACACUGAUGGAUCGCUCACUGGCCUAGAAAAGAGUCAUCUAUUGGCCUCCUCUGAAAUUCUUCCCAACUCAUGCAACAAAACCAGUUCCAUCGGGGGUGACGUUCCCACCAGAGUUUGUGGGAAAGAGGUGGUAUUUCACCGCAUGUCCAUUGGUCUACAAGCAGCUCCCGCAUUUCCCUACAAUGUAAGUGUCACUAACAACAUGAAUAAGACAAUCAGUCUAAACUAUGUAUCGGACACCUUGUCAAACCUGUAUGGGUGGAUGGCUCUACUUGUGGAUAAGGAGAUUUACACAAUUGUAUUCAACACACCUGAGAGUCACACUGGUCUGGAUUAUUCAGCUACAUUUGACAACUUUGGACCUGGGAAUUAUAUAAUGGUGGAGCACAAGAACUUGCCAAGCUUUAGAAACAUUUCCAUUGCUUGUGGCUCCAAGCCUGGCCAACAUAUUCAGAAUCUGCCUUCUCCUCAGAGAAACAACGGAUGUGAUUGGUUCUUUAACAAGAGUUUGGGGUCAUUAAUCUACCUGGUUUCGGGUGAAGGCCAAAUAGGAGUGACUUUCAAAACAGAAGAGAGGUCGGCGCUUCCCACACCAGUGCCAAGUUCCCUACCUCAUUCUGUUUCCAAAUGGUCACUUCCGAAGUCCUGGGAGGGAGUCGAGCAAGGCUGGGGUGGAUUUGGCUCUGCAAUACCACAAGCUGGAGAUGAUGUCAUCAUCUUACCAAACAGGACCAUCGAGGUGGAUAUUCCGCUUCCUCCACUUGGAGGUCUUUAUGUACUUGGAACACUGGAGUUUCCGACCACAUCCAGCAAUGUCCUAAAUGUGACCUGUAUCAUUAUUGCAGGAGGGGAAAUACGAGCAGGAUCUAUAGAGCAGCCGAUAGAGCCGGGGCAGAGACUGCAGAUACUUCUCCGUGCCUCUGAGAAAGUCACCUGUGAGCGCCUGGGUCAGCUCAGUGUCCCCGCUGGAGUGAUCGGAGUCUAUGGGAAGCUGCAGAUCCACAGUGCUUAUUCCAACAAACCAUGGACACGUCUUCGGGUAGAUAUUGCGCCUGGAAAUGAAAUGAUUUUUCUAAAUGAUGCGGUGGACUGGAAUCCAGGAGAUAGCAUUGUUAUUAGCUCUUCCUCCUAUGAAGCCCAUCAAGCUGAAGUUUUGAGGUUACGGGGUGUCUAUGGCCAACACCUUCGGAUCUGGGAAAGACUUCAUUAUAGACAUACUGGUACAGUCCAGAACAUAGAUACCUGGAACAUUACCCUGGCAGCGGAAGUUGGCCUGUUGUCCCGCAAUAUACAGAUAAAGACUGACAUAGAGUGCUCUGGGGGAAUAAUGGUUGGACACUUUAAAACCAACACCAGUGAUGAAUACUCAGGCCUCCUACAGCUUUCCAAUGUGGAAAUUGCCGACUUUGGCUCAUCUUUAUUUCCGGCAGUCAACUUUUUAAACACAACCCUCAGUUCUUCUGUAAUAUCGUCAAGCAUCCAUCACAGUUGUGGUGGUACAAUAAAAGCCACAGGGAGCAUGAAUAUUCUGCUACAUGCUAAUGUGAUCUUUAGCAGUGUUGGCCAUGGAAUACAUAUAGAUGGACACAAUCUCUCGCUCACAGACAACCUCCUUGUGUUAAUAAAGCAGCCCAAUGAUGAGUCUGAAUGGGUGUCAGGAAUAAAGAUGGAUAUAGACAGUGAGGCUUUUAUGUAUGGAAAUACAAUUGCCGGUUCUGAACGUAUCGGUUUUCAUGUAAGAGGACAAAGAUGUUACCCAGAAGAAAAAUCAUGGGCCAGAAAUGUUGCCCACUCAACUCUUCAUGGAAUUCACUACUACUGGAAUAAUGGCUUCAAAAAUUGUACAAAAAUAGCGGGUUUCCUGUCCUACAAAAAUUAUGAUUACGGCCUUAUAUUCCACCUUGAAAGUGAUGUCGUGUUAGAGGACGUUAUUCUGGUAGACAAUUCAGUUGGACUUUUGCCUGUUGUCUCCUACACAUUAUCUGAUUCCAGCAAUUUCACAAAAAAAUACAUACUGCUCCGCAAAUCCGCAAUAAGUGCAACAAGCCAGACAUUUGACUGCAUCAUGGACAGGAUCAAGCCACUGUCUCAUAAUCUGACGAGAAGGGAAAGAGCUUUGCGUUCCCCUUUAGGAGGUCGAGUUGGUAUUAUUUGGCCACAGUUUACCAUAAACCCCAAGCAGUGGCCAAGGUAUCCAUGGCAUUUAUUAGGAAGUGAUGGAUCUGCUCCAGGAAUUAUGAAAUUGCAAGAUGUGACUUUUUUUGGUUUUAUGAAGAGCUGCUAUAGUAACGAUGGGGAUAUUUGCAUAAUGUCCAGACCUGACAGUGCCGGAGUUAUUUGUCCAAUCACAGCAGAAAGAACUAAAAUGCUCCAUAUUAAAUAUGAAAAUAUACUUCACUUUCAGACUGCACACAGCGGCGCCAACUGCCCUUCCCCCAGGGGAUGCCGUGACACCCAGCGGGUCCUGUAUAAGGAUUUGGAUGGCAGCUCCCUGGGACUCAUUCCUCCAGUCACUGUAUUUCCAAAGGAAGAUGCUCACAUGUUCCACUCCUGCCUCAACACAGGCAUCUACAGGAAAGAAAGUCAAUGCCAUUAUAACACUGAUUUACGGGGACAUAUCUGUGAACAGACUGACCAUACUGUAGUAGUCCUUGAAAGAAUUGGAGACGUAAGGCAACCCAUAACACCUGUCAUAACCUUUACAGGUGACUUCAUCGAUACCUUUGUCAAUGGCAACAUUUCUGUACAACAGUGUUGUUAUUCAGAAGACCAAUCAAUCUUCUACUCUAUCUUACCAGCUAAUAAAAUUACAACAAUAUGCUUCAGUGGACCAGCUCCCAAAGCUAUGAGACUUCAACUAAUUGGAGGUCAAGAAGCUACUAAACACAUUUUGGCAUUUUUCUAUGACACCCCACAAAGCUUCCACAUUUUUUCAAAAGGAAGACGAAUUCCAUCAUUUCUGCCCAACACUGAACUUGCCUUUGAUGAUAAAGAACAGGGAUCAAACUUUUUCAGUUUCUCAGAAAGUCUACUCUACGUAGUUCUUCAAGGUGAAGAACCUAUAGAAAUCUGGACCAACCAAUCUUUUUAUCUGGCUUUAUCUGUGGCAGAGGGGACUGGCACGGAUAUUCAGCAUCAACUUCCAGCACAAGUGGCGCAACAUUUUAACAUUUCGCCAGCUCACGUUUCAAUUCUUCAGACUUUAAAAGGAAGUUCCAUCACAUUAAGAGCUUUAACCAAUAACCAAGCUAAGAGGAACCUCCACUGCCCUGUUACUUUAGAUGAUUCAUCAAGGGCCAGGAUGAAACGUGACCUUGAAAAUAAUGUCAGCCACCCCAAUAAGAAAGCAGAAAACACCCAAGAGACCAAUCUGGAUGUCAUAAUAUUGGAAAUAAUCAAUCCUGUCAAAUACGAUUUUCCCCAUUUAAGUUUGAGCCAUUCUCCUUCAGUGGCACAUGACCUACCUUUUAAUAUAGCUGACAGUGUUAUUAGUGCUUUACAGACUGGAGAGAUGGAGAAAAUGUUUCCUAUAGACAUUGACUCAUUAAUGGUAAUUGAUCCAAUGCAAUUCUCACCGGGAAACAGCACAAGCAGCGAAACAGGGAAUGAUUUUGCAGUGUAUGUGCGGCCGCAUGCUAUUCACAUUCAUGACCAGCCUUUCCAUGGUUAUGAGGGAAAACCUCUCCUUGUGCAGCCAAAGGUCAACUUCUUGGAUAUAAAGGGAAAUAGAGUUGAAAACUUAGGACAUCCUUCCAACCCAUGGUAUUUAUCGGUGCAGCUCAAGAAUUCAGCUGUUUCAGCACUAAAAGGGAACAGAACUGUCAUAAUACAGAACGGAUGGGGGAACUUUUCUAACUUAUCUGUCUCCACCUCCGGAUUGACCUGGCGCCUGAUAUUCAAUGUAACGUCACCUCCAGGUGUCACGUUCUCAGCUCUAUCACAAGAAUUUGCUGUUUAUCCAGUCCCUGCUGCAGAUCAAGAUAAUAUUUUCCUGCUUGUUCUCUUGAGUUCUUCCGGCUCAGCAAUCGCUUUGUUCCUUCUCUCAUGCUGCUUCUUCAAAAGAAAGAAAGGUGCCAGAAGUUCUCAAAAUGGAAAAAACAGAAGGUAACCUAAGAAGAUGUGCUUUUGAAACAUCUCCAACAUCUCAAAGUUUACAACGAUCUACUUUAAGAGACAUUCAUUUGUAACAAAAGGUCAUAGUACCCCCUGUAUGAAAACUAUAAUAAUGAGGGCAUAUACUAUCACUGGAACCCUUCAGUGAAGAAGGGAGAGUCUAGGAUACAUGGGGCACUCUGUUAGCCCACAUUUGGGCAAGGGGACCUCGUGAAUGAGAACUAGUAAGAGAAAGGUUAAAUUCUAUAUUCAGCUGUUCUACAAGCAUAAGAUACAAAGGCUACACCAAGGGGCACAUUUACUAAGGGUCGAAUAUCGAGGGUUAAUAAAUUCGAAGGAUUUACCGCAAAUACUAUGA